AGAGAGAGAGAGAGAGAGAGAGAGGGAUUGCUUGUUACAUCCUGAAUGGUGAUCUCUCUCAAGACAGUGCUUUGCUCUUCAGCUAUAAGAGUGGAGUUUUCAGCACAGUGAAUCCUGGAGAAAUGGCUCUUAUGGGUGUGAACACCAAAUGUCUGGGUCUCUUUCUUCUUUGCACAAUAACUGGCCAUUCUUUGGAGAUAACAGUUAAUCCUCCUCAGGAUUUUGAAAUACUGGAUCCUGGAUUACUGGGAUAUCUUUAUUUGCAGUGGAAACCUCCUGUGGUUAUGGAAAAAUUUAAGGAAUGUAUACUAGAAUAUGAGUUGAAAUACCGAAAUGUUGAUGAUGAUAGCUGGAAGACCAUCAUUACUAAGAAUCUCAUUUACAAGGACGGGUUUGAUCUUAACAAAGGAAUUGAAGGAAAGUUACGUACUCAUCUGUCAGAGCAGUGUACAAAUGGAUCAGAAGUUCAAAGUUCAUGGAUAGAAGCUUCUUACUCAGUAUCAGAUGAAGGAAGCCUGGAAAGUAAAGUUCAGGACAUGAGGUGUAUAUAUUAUAACUGGCAGUAUUUGGUCUGCUCUUGGAAGCCUGGCAAGACAGUACAUUCUGAUGUCAACUAUACUUUGUAUUUCUGGCAUGAGGGCUUGGCUCACGCUUUGCAGUGUGAGAGUUACCUCCUGGAUGCUGAAAAAAAUGUUGGAUGCAAACUUUGCAACUUGGAGUCAUCAGACUAUAAAGAUUUCUUUAUCCGUGUUAAUGGAUCCUCAGAAUCAGAACCUAUCAGAUCCAGCUAUAUGGUUUUUCAACUUCAAAAUAUAGUUAAACCACAGCCACCAGAAUUCCUUCAGAUUAUCAUGGAGGAUUCUGCUGAAAUUAGAAUGAAAUGGAGCACACCUGAAGGGCCCAUUCCACCAAGGUGUUACACUUAUGAAGUUGUGGUCCGAGAAGACGAUAUUUCCUGGGAGUAUGCCACAGAUGCAAAUGAUAUGACGUUGAAACGGAAAGCCAAUGAAAGUGAAGAACUCUGCUUUUUUGUAAGAAAUAAAGUCAAUAUAUAUUGUGCAGAUGAUGGGAUUUGGAGCGAAUGGAGUGAAGAGGAAUGCUGGGAAGUUUACACGGGGUCAGACUCAAAGAUUAUUUUCAUAAUACCAGUUAGUCUUUUCUUUAUGUUCCUCUUAUUACUUCUUUGCCUUUUUGUGGAGAGAGAAGAACCUGCACCAACAUUGACCUUCCGUGUGGAUCUUAACAAAGAAGUUUAUUCUAAUGGAGAGACCCUCUGUUAA